AUGUCUUCCUCUGAUGGCUCUCUCGGCAACACAGGCAACUCGCUUUCGCUGUCCGAUACGCCUUACACUUGGAUCCUCACACCCCUCGUUGUCUUCCUCGCCAUCGGCAUUCUCGCAACACUCAUCCAGUUCCAGCGUCGCCGCCGUCUCCGCAAGCUUGGUCUCCAACGUCCGUGGCCCCGCCGCGAUCUGGAAGCCAAUCGCCAAAGGACAAGGGGUCAACGUUCAUCACGAAAUGGUCGAUGGGCAUGGACCACACGCAGCGACGAGGGCCUGGACGAGUUCGGCGAGGCUCCUCCCGCCUACGAACCGAAGGCGAAGCCGGGACAGACUCUCCCCCGUGAUGGCAGUUUCGAGAUGGCUCACGUCGAGCACACCGCAACCGGUGCUAUUCCUCCGCCUCCACCCAUCGGCACCACAGCAGGUAGUAGCCGGGGCUCCAUGCCACCCGAUUAUGGCACUGCUACCGGCUCGUCGUCAUCAACGCCCCCACCUACCAUCAUGAGCCCUCCUUCGGCCAUGACACGGAAUUGA